AUGGAGAUCGCCCGCACCUCCCUGACUCACGCCCGUGCCCCCCAUUUUCUGUGGCCUUACGCGGUUCGGUACGCCGCGCACCAGCUGAACCUCUGGCCACGCGUCUCUCGGCCAGAGGCUUCACCGACCAGUCUUUGGACCGGGUCCCCUGGUGUUGCGUCGAGGUUUCGUGUCUGGGGUUGCUUGGCUCUUGUCCGCGACACCUCUGCGGACAAGCUCUCGCCUCGCGCCGUCCCCUGUGUCUUCCUUGGUUUCCCUGAGGACUCCUCUGACUUCACCUUUUACCACCCUCCCUCUCACCGGUUCUUUGACUCCCGUGACGUCCGUUUCGAGGAGUCCACCCCGUACUUCGUCAGGCACCCCAGUCAAGGUCUCCCGGUUCCUCCUCCCCCCCUCUUCCUGACUGCCGCUCCCCCUCCUGCUCCCCCGGUACAGCCUCCCCCCCCUGGUCCAGCCCCGUCCGGUGUGUCCCAGGCUACCCCUCCUCCUUCGGUAGCCCCUCCGGUACAGCCUCCCUCCCCACAGUCCUCCUCGCAGCGUGCCGCAGGUGCUAGCUCUCGAGAGGUUGGUGCCGAGCCUGUUCCUGUACCGGUUUCUGGUUCUGGGGGUGCUGGAGUUGGAGCUGAGCCGGUGGGUGCAGAGGACUCUUGUCUUCCGGGAGCUGGUGCUGGUCGCGCGGACACUGGAGGUGCUCCGUCUGGGGGUGAGGGUGCGCCUCCUUCAGGUUCUGGUGAGCCUGGGUCUGGAGCUGGUGUUAGUGCUGCCUCUGGGGGUGGUGUGCCUGGUCCUUCGGGGGUGGACUCUGGAGCUGCCGCUGCUCCGGACACUACUCCGCCCCCCCACCCCUACCCGACUAGGCACCAGGCUCGUGUUCGCCGUGCCCGUGAGGAGCAGCUGGAGUUACAGCGGCUGGAGGAGCAGCAGCAGCAGCAGCUGGAGCCGCAGGAGCAGCAGCAGCAGCAGCAGCAGCAGUAG